AUGAUUCAUUGGAGCCGGGUGCGCUUGGCGUCGGCCGGGCGUGUCUUCAUGGACGUUGCCAUUGGGUCGCAUUCCCCAAAGCGGAUUGAGUACGAGCUCUUCAGCAAGUGCCCUGUGGCCUCGGAGAACUUUCUGAAGCUCUGCACCGGCGAGAAUGUUCUUCCCCGUGUACCCAGCACAACCGGCCUAGGCGACAUGUCGUUUGGGGACCAGUUCCUCCCGCAGCUCACGUACAAGAAGUCCACCUUCCACCGUGUGCAGCGCGGGUACUUGAUACAGGGAGGCGACAUCGUCAGUGGCAGAGGGACGGGGCAGCUGUCCAUCUACGGAGAGACCUUUGACGCGCCGGAGGAGGUGAGUGCGUCGGUGUUCGACCAGCGUGGUCUCGUCGGCACAGCCGUCAGCGCCCCCCACCUGAACGGCUCUCAGUUCUUCAUCCUCACGGCGAAGGAGGCGCCGCACCUGAAUGGCACCUGCAUUUGCUUUGGACGUGUUGUGAAGGGGCUUGACGUCGUUGAGGCAAUAGAGCGUCUGCCGCUGGACCCCACCGGCUUCCCCUCGGAGCGUGUGGCUAUUGUCGACUGCGGCAAGCUGAGAUGA